AUGGCUUCAUUUCUCCUCCCAGUUGCUGCAGUUACUCUUGUUCUUUUCGUUCUGUCCCCCGUUUCUAGUGUCGCCGCCCCUAUCCUAGACACGGACGGCGACCUAGUCAAAAACGGGGGAAGCUACUACAUCAUCCCACGCUUAAUAGGCGUUGGUGGCCUAGCCUUGACAAAAGGUAACUCGUCGUCACCAUGCCCUCUUUUUAUCACCCAAAAACUCUACUCUAACGGCUUACCCGUAUUAAUGUCUUCCCCUUUGAAAAUUGGGUUUCUUAUGACCUCUAUGCCAAUUGAAUUUUACUUUAAUCGUGAGUAUGCCACUUGCAACAAAGAGUUACGUUGGUGGGUAGCCGAAGAAGACGAAAACAAUAACUCGUACGUUGUUGUUGGUGCUGAUGGUAAAUUUAAGGACACUUAUGCAUUCAAAAUUGAAGAAGCUAAAACUGGUAAGUAUGUGUACAAUAUAAAGUUUUGUCACACAAUCGAGUCCAAUUUUUUUAGAGUUUCGGAAAUGAAGUGUAACGAUGUUUCAUAUGUUAACGAGCUUUUGGCAGUCGUCCCUGAUUCUCCUUAUCCUGUUACUUUCGUGAAAGCUGAUCCUAAGUUAGCUUCUUAUGUUUAA